CCAUCCGACCAAAGAAGCCCAGGAAGAUACAUAUGGAGUUAGAUACAGACGAUAGUAGCCCAGUGGCAGUACGUAAAAGUGGUUUGCAAGCUAAGGCUCUCGGGAAGGAAUGAAAUGGAAGAUGUCAUGAUUAAGAAAAAGAAAGAAAAUACCGAACACUGCUGAAAAAGAAAGGUGGGCGACCUGUAUCCUUCCCCCGUCCACUGGCGGAUUCUUGAAGCAACUACUACUCCUCUCUCUCUCUCUCUCUGCUUUUGCUUUAGUGCCAUGCGAGAUCAUUGCACUAGUUUUGUUUCAAGAAAUUGUUACAGUUGACAUAUUUUAGACUAAAAUAAAUAAAUAAAUACCUUUUCUCAUCCAAUUCCCUGCUAAACCCAAAGGGUAGUGGGUAGUGUGUGGAGUUCCCUACCUCUCGUAAAUCAGCAGCCCCCCCCUGCUCUGCUCAGCUCCUCUGCUGCUCCGCGCCUUAGAAAAGUCUUUGGAGCAGACGCUACUACUAGACUACUGACUUACUGAGCCAAGAAUCCCCAAGGGGCCGCUGUUUGAGGAGUCUGCAUAUCUUUUGUUUGACAACAUAUACGGUUGUUUCCACUGCUCAACUACUGCUGCUACUGCUAUUAGAUGGUUUCAAUCGUUUGUGUUGUUUUGGGACAAUCUUAUAUGUAUUACCCCCAGUAGUAGUAGUAGUAGUAGUAGUAGUAUUGAGGAGGUGGUGUGAAGGAAGACUCGUGGAGCAAUGGAUUCCAAGGUAUGCAUGAACCAGCAGUGCACUUCGUCCUCAUCCUCGUCUUCAAUUGAUCUCAAAAGGGGUUGGCCUUUACGAUCCGGUGGCUUCGCCACUCUCUGUCACCAUUGCGGCAUUGCUUAUGAACAAUUAGUCUUCUGCGACAAGUUCCACUCAAACGACUCUGGUUGGAGGGAAUGCACAACGUGUGGUAAGCGUCUUCAUUGUGGAUGCGUUGCGUCUAGCUCUUGGCUCGAGCUACUUGACAGUGGUGGUGUAAAUUGUAUUAGCUGCUCGGAAAGUCAUGGAAUUUGCUCUAAUUUGACUGGUGAAAAAAAUAAAGAUUGCAGAGUAUUCUCAGCAGAUGAUGGCGGGGGAAAGCAAUUCACUACUGUGGGCAGUCAGUCAAAUGUUGGUAUUACUGACAAGAUGAAGCUUGUUCAGUUCGGUGAUGAUGCAGGCAGUAGUGACCAAUCACAGUUGUUUCUGUCUCAGACAGAUGAUAGGAUUGAGUCUCUUGGGCAGAGGAAAAUGAAAGAAAAUUUUCUUACAUCAGGAGAAUUUGGAAGCCCCUUUUUGUCAGUUUUAAAUCAGACAUCAGUUGAAGCAGCUCAAAAUGCCCAAUUAAAUGAAUAUAAGGAAUAUAUGCCGAUUAAAGAUACUCACGGUUCAUCAGUUCAAACAAAUUUAACUAUAUCACCUCCAGCAACAUCAGGAGAUAAAAUUUUUUUACCUGCAGUGGUUGCUGAAGAAAGGCCACUAAACAAGAAGAGUUCUUCCUUUUUGCAGGGGUCUAGAUCUCGCCAUCUCUUGCCCAAACCUGUAAAAUCUAUUAUGGCUGCAGGCUUGGAGGCAAAUGUUAGCUCACUUACCCAGUUAAGGGUGGCAAGACCACCUGUUGAAGGAAGAAUUAAGAACCAGUUGCUUCCUCGUUAUUGGCCCAGGAUAACAGACCAGGAGCUGCGGCAAAUAUCUGGAGACUCGAAUUCCACUGUCGUUCCUUUGUUUGAAAAGGUUUUGAGCGCCAGCGAUGCUGGUCGAAUUGGUCGAUUGGUUCUUCCAAAAGCAUGUGCUGAAGCAUAUUUUCCACCAAUCUCUCAACCAGAAGGCCUUCCUUUGAGGAUUCAGGAUGUUCAAGGCAAAGAAUGGGUGUUUCAAUUCAGAUUUUGGCCAAAUAAUAACAGCAGAAUGUAUGUCUUAGAAGGUGUAACCCCUUGCAUACAGUCAAUGCAAUUACAAGCUGGAGAUACUGUGACCUUCAGUCGCAUGGAUCCUGAAGGAAAACUUUUAAUGGGUUUCAGGAAGGCUUCACUUAUGCAGACAUGUUCGGAUUUCCCUUCACAGGAUAAUAAACAUCUGUCUAGCAUCCCGAAGGGCUCUUUUUCAAGUGAACCAUUCUUUUUGCCUGGUGCUGAUAAUCUACAUUCAGCUAACAGUCAGUCUGCCCUUCUUGACUCGGUUAAAGGAAGCGGGGUUUUUCCUCUGAGUGCAUUGUCAAAACAUUUCAGUGCUGUGGAGUUUGGCUGGCACAUAGCUGAGAUGAAUGGUGAAAAGACUCUGGAUGGCAUAUUUCCAUCAUCCAUGUUAGUUCCAGAGCGCAAAAGAAGUCGGAAUAUUGGGUCAAAAAGCAAGAGAUUGCUCAUUGAUAGCCAAGAUGCUUUUGAGCUGAAACUUUCAUGGGAAGAGUUACAGGACAUGCUCUGCCCUCCACCGUGUGUUAAGCCAAGCACUGUUGCAAUUGAGGAUCAUGAAUUUGAAGAAUAUGAUCAACCACCAGUUUUUGGGAAGAAGAGCAUUUUCACCAUGCGCCAAUCAGGGGAGCAGGAGCAAUGGGCUCAAUGUGAUAGUUGCUUAAAAUGGAGAAGGCUGCCAGUUAAUGUUCUUCUCCCUCCUAAGUGGACAUGUCAGGAACACACCUGGGCUCUAAGCAGGCCAUCAUGUUCUGGACCAGAGGACCUGAGUCCCCAUGAGCUUGAGAGUCUUCUGAAAAUGAGCAAGGAACACAAAAAGCAGAAAAUUGCGUCAGGCCUUAAGUCAGCCCAUGAGCAUGAAUCCUCUGAUCCAGAUGGUUUGGGAAAUUCUAAGGCUGUUCGUGGUGAUACAAGUGGGACGUCUGCUGCAUCAAUUGCAACAACUACAAAGCACCCCAGGCAUCGUCCUGGCUGCUCUUGCAUUGUCUGCAUUCAGCCUCCUAGUGGCAAGGGUAAACACAAGCCCACAUGUACAUGCAAUGUCUGCAUGACUGUAAAGCGACGCUUUAAGACCCUAAUGAUGCGCAAAAAGAAGCGUCAAUCAGAACGAGAAGCAGAAAUCGCACAAAGGAACAAGUUUGAUUGGGUUUCCAAGGAAGAAGCAGAAGUUGAGAGCUACCAACAACUGGUUAUACCACAUGAUUCUCUGGAGAAUCACAAGAGACUAGGGAGCGAAUCUGAAUUUCUAAGCCAAAGCAACAAGCAGUCAGAAAAACUUGAGGAAAUUGGAAAAGAGCAAUUAGACUUGAAUUGUCAUCCAGACCGUGAAAAUUUGCAGCAGAGUUCAUCCCGUGUCAGCAUGGUGAGUCUUCUCCAAGAAGCCAGUCUACCUUUGCAAACCUAUCUAAAGCAGAAUGGUCUUACAAGCUUGGUUUCUGAUCAACGAGUGAGUUCAGGGUCUAAUGUGCUCCUCCCACAAGUUACUAGAGAGAGUGAGGUACAAUUUGAUGAGGACCAGUGUCUUUCUCACGAGAUACAGGAGCAAGAAGUAAAAGAGGAACUUUCAGAAACAGAUCAAGCUGGAAAUGAUCCUUCAUGAUAUUUUUCAUAUUUGUACCUUUUGACCCAUCGCCUAAGCUGUCUGGCUUCUGAAAGGUUCUGAAACAGAAAAAAAUCAAAAAAGAAGAAAGAAACAAAUGAGAAAAAGAUAUCCUCAAAGUUUGUACCUAGCAACUAGUUGAUGGUAGCAUAGUUUGUUUUGUGUUUGAGCAUUUUAGCUGAAGAUGCUUUAAUUAUGGUGCUUGUUUCUGUAUAUCAUAGAUGUGCAUUUUAGAUUCGCAUCAACUCAUGAAAGAAAUCAUGAAGAGUGCUGGAUGCGGGAUAUAAAACUUUGAACAAUUUGUGCUUUUAUUUAUUGAAAAAUAAAUAAUUCAUCGAGCCAAAA